UAAUUAUCAUGCAUAGUUGCAUUCACCUCUCCUUCUUUCUCCCUUACCCUUCUAAGCUAAAAGCUUUUUCCUCCUCCUUUCUUACCUUUUCUCUCUCUUUUGCAAAGUUCUGCAUAUUUUCGUGCCGGUUUUGCAGGGUUAAAUCCAUGUCAAGAAUGAGAGACAGCCCCACUGCCACUAACUGAAACUAAAAGUUCAGAAAUAAGGGAGAGAAAGAGAGAGAAGCUUACAAUCUUUCCAUUUACUUGGUGAUGGCUUCCAUUUCAUAGGAAUUGCAAAAAGUUUUUCAUUUGAAAUAAAUUUUAAAUAUUUAAUAUAAAUAUUAGAUUAUAAAUUUUAGAGCGGUGAACAGUUUAUCGUGCCUGUUCUUAACCAUGUGCUUUGCACGUUGGGGUAUUAUUAUGAUGGGUAUUGAUUCUUGUCAUUGUUGAAGGCUGUUUGAUCGAAGAAACUGAGGAAAAAAUAAAAAUAUAGGAAAACCAAGUCCUUUCUUUUCUUACGGUUCUGUCAUGGAGGCUACAAAGAUUUAGGAAGCAUUUCAAUUUCCCAUAAUUUGAAACUUAAAAAAAACUUGCAUAGAUUUGUGUGUAAGGCUUGAAAGGGAUUUGCAGUAAAGUUUUCACCAGAAAAAAAAAAAAAAAAAGAACAGAGAGGAAUUUCAACUCAUGGUGGGGUGUGUGUGUCAUUCAUCAUUUCCAGGUAAAUUUUUUUCUUGCCUUUUCCCUUAUAAGUGAUAGUUAUGCUGAGGAAUAGGUCCAAAUCAGUGACCAGCAAGCAAGCUUUAAUGGCAACAUCACCUUCCCAAAAGAAUUUCAUUGCCCAAAUCCCAUCUUUCAUUGCAAAAAAGCUCAAUGAAACCGAAGCUCUCAACAGCCCCAGUUCAAUCCUCGAUAACAAAUCAUCCUUCCACUACGAUAUAAACCAUCCAAAAUCCCCAAAACUUUCCUCGCCUGUAAAAAAUAUAGAACCAAAAGGUAUCGGCCUUGCCAUCAUCGACACACACAAGAGUUGUAAGGUUUUGUUUGGGACAGAACUCAGGGUUCAGAUUCCACUAAUCCCACCAGAUUUUGGGACCAAAACCAAGAAUCUUCAUACACCAUCUCCACCAUUUACCUCUCCCAAAACUAGUGUUCAUGUGAAGGAUCCUCCUAUGGUCUUCAAUGGGUGUUUUCCAGUUAAAGAAAUUAUGGAGCUAUCAGAGGAUUAUACAUGCGUGAUAUCUCACGGUCCUAACCCCAAGACCACCCAUAUUUUCCAUGACUGCGUCGUGGAGUGCUGUUGUAGCAUAUCGAAUACUCAGCCCAAGUCUGCACCAUCAGAGAGUAAUAAUUUCCUCAGCUUUUGUCACACAUGUAAGAAAAAUCUUCGACAGAAAAUCGACAUUUAUAUUUACAGAGGUGACAAAGCAUUUUGCAGUCAACAGUGUCGAUACCAAGAAAUGGUUUUAGAUGGAGAGGGGAAUUGAGGAUUUUCAUUUGAUAAAUUAUUUUUCAAUUACAAAAAUGAUUGAAUUUCAUAAACCAAACAUUGCCCCGUUCUUGUUUUCUUUGUAGUUUUCUGGGUUUUGCUUUUAAUCCUCUCAGCCCUGCAGAUAGAGAGAUAAUGUGACUUAAUUAAAUAUUAAUUUUGUUGAUGAUAAAUGAUUGAAAAUCUUGCCUUU